AUGGAAUAACAUUAAGUUGAAGAGCAAAUUAAAGAAAACUAAGAUUCAAGCCCUUAAGAAAUUUGGCAGGAAAUUAAUUAACUAUAUUAGGAAGAUUCUUCCCCCUAAUAAUUAUAAAAAAAUUAUAAAUUUAGAAUACUUUUAUUAUCCUUUUUAAUCCUUAUAAUAUCAAUAAUUAUUUACAAAUUUUCAAAACCUGAUAUAUACUCAAAAGGCGUAAAAUUAUUUUCUUUUGGAAUAUAUGAAGGAGAGUUAUUGAAUGAUAUGCUUCAUGGAUAAGGCACCUUUAAAUGGAAUAACAAUAAUACUUAUCAAGGUCAAUUUAAUUAAAAUUAAAUACAUGGAAAUGGCUUAUUUGCAUGGCUAGAUUAAAAUGCAACAAACUACGGGGAUUAUUAUGUCGGUAAUUUUAAAGAUGAAAAAUUUCAUGGAAAAGGUGUUUAUAAUUGGAAAAAUGAGGAUAAAUAUGAAGGAGAAUGGCUCAAUGGAAAACAACAUGGAUAAGGAGUUUUCACCAAAAAAAAUGGUGAUGUAUAUACAGGAGGAUUUUUUCAAGGAAUUAAUUAUGGAAAAGGACUAUAUAAAUUUGCUAAUGGAGAUACUUUAGAAGCAUAUUUUAUUAAUGGAAAAGCUUAAGGUAAUGGUACUUAUAAAUCUGUUUAAAACUAAACAUAUUAGGGAAAUUAUAUUGAUGGAAAAAAGCAUGGAAAAGGAAUUUAUUAAUGGGAAAAUGGUAAUAAAUAUUAAGGAGACUUUAUUGAAGACUAAAUAACAGGGUAUGGAUCAUUUUAUUUCUAAAAUGGAGAUAAAUAUAUUGGGGAAUUCGAUAAUGGAUUUUAGAAUGGAAACGGAACUAUUUAUUAUAAUAAUGGAGAUAUGUAUAAAGGAAGAUUUUUAAUGGGUAAUAAGUAUGCUAAUGGAUUUCAUCAUUUUAAAAAUGGUACUGUUCUUAAAGAAAAUUAUAAUAUUCAAUUUACUGACGGAGAAAAACCACCAAAAGAUAUUACAUUUGUAUGA